AUGGCGCCCCUCGUUUUCGUCGUUGGUGGCACAGGAGCCCAAGGCAUCCCGAUAAUCCGCGGGCUUGUUAAGGAUAAAGCGUAUGCUGUGCGUUUUUUGACUCGCGACGCUACGUCAGCCAGAUCAAAGCAGCUUCUCGCCUUGGGAAACGUUGAAGCCAUCGAGGGUACCUUUGCAAGCGAGAGCGAUCUUCGCAAAGGAUUUCGCGGAGCACAAUACGCCUUUAUCAAUAUUGACGGCUUCAACAGCGGCGAGAAGACUGAGACGUAUUGGGCCAUAAGGUCGUACGAGUUGGCGCUGGAAGAAGGCAUCAGGUUCUUUGUCUAUGGAAACCUCGACUAUGUCUACAAGAAGAGCGGAUUCGACCCAAAGUUCCGGACGGGUCACUAUGAUGGAAAGGGACGCGUUGGCGAGUGGAUUUUGCAACAGAACAAGAAUCCCGAGAUUUCCAAGAGGAUGGGCGCCGCCAUCUUCACAACUGGCCCAUACAUUACGAUGGCCUUAGGAGCAAAAACGCCAAUGAGUCCCGUCGUUGGAGAUGAUGGAGUCGUCACCUGGAAAGUUCCAUUGGGGUCCGGGACUGUCGCACAUGUGGAUUUAGAUGAUUGCGAGCACUACGUUCGAUGGCUGUUCGAUCACCAGUACCGCUCGAAUGGGCUGGAUCUGGAAGUCGCCAUUGAACUUGUUGACUAUCACGAGAUGGCCAAAGCCUUUGAGAAGGUGACUGGUCAUCCUGCCAAGUAUGUGGACGUUUCCUUGGAAGAGUACUGGGAAACGGGCCCUAUGAGUGCUGCAAAGAAAGCCGCGGCAGGGUACAACGCAGAUGUUACUGACCCUGCGACGAUGAAUUUGCGAGACAACUUCACGGGAUUCUGGAAUAUGUGGAAAUACACAUACAAGGAAAACCAAGGAGUGAUCAAAAGAGACUUUGCGCUGUUGGAUGAGAUUCACCCAAAUCGAAUCAAGUCGGUGGAGGAAUGGUUUCGGCGGGAAGAGCAAAAGAGCAAGGAGCAGGGAUUGCCCAGUCUGUGGGAACGAGCCACCAGUUUGAAGCCUGUCUUGAAGAUUGCCGAGGAUGGGCGAAAGGGUCGGCUGUAA